AUGCUGAGUGGAACACUAUCGUGACUUUCUUCCCGUUCAACAGUAACAAACACACCGUAGACCUCUACCUGUUCGCGAUACGUCCGCACCACACCGGGAGGGGUUUUGAAUGCUGUUGUGCGACUGUCAAGAGGCACUGUAAUUUGAAAUCGAGGAAAUAAGACGUCGGACUGAAGAGCAAACGGUCCGUACCCAUAAGUUACCGACUCCGGUCUGUUUUGCGGUUUAUUCCUAUUAGAUUUCCCCCCUGAGAAAUCAGUCAAGGAAUAUUCAUUGCGUUCCGGUGUGGUGGUGGGGAUUUCAUGUCCACCCAGUCUUUUUAGAAUGGCGAGAGAAUACGCUAAACAUUGCCCCGCAUCACCAAUGAAAAACAGUUUGUUGGUGACAGCAGCGAUCCUUCUGAUUAUUCAAGCUGCUUCGUGUCAGCGGGUGAGGGUGGAGACUGAGGUGGAGGCGUACCCCACCGAGUCGGUCGACCUCCGCUGUCAGUUUGUCGACGGAGGAAACACCAAGCUCACACAGGUGUCGUGGAUAUGGGAGCCCACGGAAGGCCAGCGGGACAACAUUGCCGUCUUUCACCCCACAUAUGGCGAGAGCUUCCCCGAAUCUCCCUUCUCUGGGCGUGUCCGCUUCAUCAAAGGCACCUUGACAAGCCCCUCCAUUACCAUUACCAGCCUGAAGAUGGCCGACGCCGGGCGGUACACCUGCGAGUAUGCCACCUACCCCAGCGGCAAUGAGCAAGGCACCACCAAUCUGGUCAUGCUUGCUAAACCCAAGAAUUCGGCAUAUCCCGUUGUCGUCCAAGCCAGCACCAGCGGCGAACCAGUGGUCGUGGCCCAGUGCGAGGCUGCCGACAGCAAGCCAGCGGCCACCAUCAAGUGGAUGGGAGCGGACGGUGGCACUGAAAACACCACCUCCGUAAAAGGGCCGGACGGCACGGUGACGGUGAGGAGCGAGUACCUCAUAGUGCCCACGCCAGAGGACAACGGCAAGGAGGUCACCUGCAUAAUCAGCCAGCGCACCCAGGACAAGCCCCAGACCUUCCCCAUGAAGUUGGCCGUCGAGUAUCCCCCGACUGUGUCCAUAGUGGGCUAUGAUAACAAUUGGUACAUUGGCCGAACCGACGCUGUCCUGACCUGCCAGGCCACUGGCAACCCUGCCCCCACCACUGUCACUUGGACAGUCAUGUCAGGUCCUAUGCCUGACACGGUGCAGAUCAACGCCAACAAGCUGAUCGUGCGGAAGGUGGACGAGGCUGUGAACACCACCUUCGUCUGCGAGGUGAAGAACCGGCUGGGAGUGAGCAAGCACCAGGUCACCACAGCGGUCAUCGAGCAGCGUAAGAUUACAGCAGGGCCGUCGACGGCUGGCAUCAUCGGAGGCAUCAUUGGUGUGGUCCUCUUCUUGCUGGCGAUCGUCGGCGCUGUCAUCAUUCUGGUCCGCAAACGCAAGCAGAACGCCGUGAAUGGGGAUGGUCCUCCCAAGCACAAGCCCCCUCCCCCUGUGAAGGCCGGCAGCUCCACUGAAAUGCUGAACAAGCCUGUCACUGACUCAGUGCUGACGGAGCUGACAGAGACCCAGCCUUUCAGUAACAUCUACUACGAGACCAGCGGAGAGCCUGUCACGGAUCUGGAUGCGUGCGACGAUGACGAUGAUAACACCGUUGGCGGUAGGGCUGCUAAUGGCGGCGGCCCUGCUGUCCUGGAGGACUCGAUACAGUAUGCCGAUGUCGACGACACGCUAAAUGACGAAGCCCUGCCGCCGUACUCUGACGCGGACGAUCACCAUGUCGACGAGCCGCCGUCGACCGCUGUGGCCCGCGGAGAAAGCUUUGUGUCGGCAGCCAUGUAUGUUUAGCAGGUGACGUUUAGGUCUCCAUAAUGACACAACAACAACAACACCGUGCCUCUACUCGGUUACAUUGAACAGCACAGAGUCCGAGCAAGGCUCUGGAAAGAUCGGCACAACUCCAGCCUCCCGAUGUGGUCAAAUCCUAAAUGCAGUGUUUCCUACUGUUGUGAUUCGGGCAAGGUAAUAUCACUGGAAACAUCAUUCAAAAAUAUCACCCGAAACUGGUUGUUUGAAAGUUGCAAUGUUACACCGUCCAGUAAGCAUCCUCAGACCAAAAUGCCAUUUUAUGGCAGUAUGAACAAAAUGAGGUUGUCACUGUUUUAUAACAUUGCAACAUGACUCACGUUUUGGGUUCAGUCUAAAUUGCAAGAGCUGGUAAUACUGCAUUAUUAGGGUAACGAAAUGUGACAUCUUGGUUUACAGCAAAGCACACAAUGCACACACAAUUAUCAAUGCGCUGGUAAUUCCCCCCCACAGGAAAGAUUACUGCUUACAUUCAAGUCAAAUUAAGUUAAAAUUAUAAGGAUUGUAUUUUCAGAGUGUCAAAAUACACGGCCUGUAUUGGAGAAUACUGCCAUUAGUACCAUUUUACGUAGAUGAAGUGGUUAAUAUGCUCUCUAAUAUAUGCUGUAUAUUUUACACAUAGCAAAAUAUGUAUUUUAAUAUUUUAUAUUUUAGUCUUAUUCUAAAGCCUUUUAUGUACUGAAACACAAAUGUGCAAAACAUCAUUGAUGAACAAUUAUGUGAGACCGUGUAAUGUUGGUCAAAGAUGUCAAGGUGAACCAAAUUAUCAAUGAACACUGUAAAUAAUAUUAUAUUGAUGCUUAAUAUAUUGCCGGUUAAAUGUGUGCACAUCAAAAAUAACUAGUGUAGUUGGUUCCAGAGCCUCUAUGUAUAGGGGUGUCAGUUUCCGUGUGGAAUUGAAAGAAAAAAAAAUGUACAUUUUACUUUAACGGGUAUUGAAGUUGUCAGUCAGUGAAUAUAAAAACGGUUUUGUGGAUUUUAGUCCUAAUAACUCUGCAUGGCAUGAUCGUGGCUCGUUUCAAAACAGUUGGCUCACUUUUCCCAAGGCUACUUGCAGACACCAGGCUUUAUACUUUUUCAAUGUUGUCGAUGUCUUUGCAGUCCUCCAUUGUAUCGUCUACUUCAGGCACAACACAUCGAUGUAGAGCAGCGGGGUGGUUUAGGCCGUACAGAAGGCGCGCACAGCACGACUUGAGAUCUCUUUUGGCUGAUACAUAAGUCAGUCAGCAUACGACUACGUUCUUUCCACAGAGUGCUUACUGCAGGGUGCAAUAAACAGAAAGUUGAGUCGAACUCUUGCUCAGUAAUGGGAACAAAUCAUUGGUUCUGCGUGUUCCAAAGAGCUUGAGUCGCAAAAUUCCACGACGGCGUUGAUCUGUCAGUGUCACCUCGACAGACACCGAGAGAAGCAAGCCUGUACUAAGUACAUUAACUUGUUAAAUAAAAAGACACAAAGAAAAAGACAGAAACAUGAACAAAAAGCACAUGUACUAAUUGUAGAUAUGUAUGUAAAUAAAUAGAUGCUAUAGACACUAAUGAUUGAUAGACAGAUAUAGAACAAUAGAUGGUUAAACGUAUACGGACACAUGGAGAAACUGCCGACCCCACUGUUCUAUACUCCAUCAUAGUCAGUGCAUUACUUAAAUAUGAUAGUUUUUUUUGAUGUGACAAUCACUUUGAAAGCAACUGUCAUGGGCUUUUGGUGGUGAUUUUGGUCUCUAUGGUUUCUUUUGAAGGGAAUGUCUGCAUGCUGCAUGGAACUAUGUGUAGCUCAACUUCUUCUCUGUGCAAAAAGAGUCACGCUGCCAUUUUGAAAACAUAUGGCUGUGGGCGGCGGGCUCGCAUAUAAAGUGCUGCAGUAUCAGACAAUCACAUCUGUAUUUUAUAGCCCUUACACAGGUCAGAGUUCAAAGGGAAAUGAAUUGUUCAUUGUUUGGUUUUAUAAACUGUGAUUCCAUUUAUUUCAUUUUUUUUGUGUAUUUUAUGUAUUUCAUAUUGUCAUCAAAUAUAUUAUACUGUUUUGUGUAUUGCCUAUAAAGAAAAAGACUCAAAAUUGAAGAUUGAUAUAGUGUUGAUAUAGUGAGCUUAAAAAAGACAAUCAUUGGGACCCCUGGGUUUGUUAUUAUCAAAGACCAAUGAGUCAGCAGUCUGUUUAGUUUAGUUCUGUUGUUUUAUGCUCAAGGCAUCUGCUAACUACUUCUCGCUGCAGCAGGAGAUGCUGUGUGUGUUUGCCAAUAAAUUAGCCUCCUCCCCAAUAGGUUUGAUGCCAAAAAUACAAACCGUGAAUGUUAGCGAUAACACUCAUCUGAAUCCGGUCUUUUUCCUUCCCUGCUUGUUUUGGUUAUCUCACAUUCGUUGUUGCUUUUUUUUCAUCACCAAGCCAGACGUGCCUUCGUUAAUUUAUUUUUAGCUUGUUCAUUUACACAUUUCUUUCUCUUAGAAAAUAAAGACUAGAUUAAAAAGAAACAUGGGGUAACCUCUGAUUGUGGAAAGCCAAACACUUGAUAUUGUGAUUUAUUAUUUCUCUUUUCUUUCUUUCCCUUUAACUUAUUUUUUUCUGAUGCUUUUUGGGAAACGUGUUAUAUGUUUUACGGAUCAUUGUCUUGUUCAAUAAAAUGUAAACUAAA